AUGGAUAGUCCAACCUCAACCUCAACCUCUUCUCAAGCCACCACCAUGUCUACAGGACCUGAUUCCAAGAUCCAAGAUCUUCUCAACAAGCCCAAGAGCGAGCUCACAGAGUAUGAGGUUGCUCAGGUUGAGGAGUUCGAGCUCACUUCCGGCCCGCUGUCCCUCCUCCACACCGCAUGCCGCAGCCACACCCAGGUCCUGAUUUCCUGCCGUAACAACCGCAAGCUCCUGGCCCGUGUCAAGGCUUUUGACCGACACUUCAACAUGGUUCUCGAGAACGUGAAGGAGAUGUGGACCGAGAAGCCCAAGGGCGGCAAGGGCAAGGGCGUUAACAAGGAUCGCUUCAUCAGCAAGAUGUUCCUGCGCGGCGACAAUGUCAUCCUUGUUCUGCUCAGCUGA